CACAGCCCUUUUACACCUGUGCUCUGGCUUAGCUGCUAGCUUCCUCGCCCUCUUGCCCUCUCUCAUCAUCCACAUCUCCCGAAACAACAAGUUGUGAUACAGGUCGAGUCGCACAACCUCUGGAUGGACUUCGACACGCUGAACUCUCACCCGGAGGCGCAGCUGGAGCUUAUGAACGCAAUGCUGCAGCUAGAGCAGCUCACUGCGUUCCCUGACCACGCCAUGCCGGUGCCCCCUUCUCCAUGCACGCAAGCCCCUCGUCACCAGUUCUCCUCGGCGCCUCACAUGGCGAGCGCCAACGCCGGCGGGGCCUACCACGAUCCGUAUUCUUCCCAGCUGCCGAACUCCGCCCCCUACAACGGCGGCCAUCGUCGCUCCGAGUACACAGCGACGUCGCAGCCACAGCCCGACGGCGCUGGCACCACGGGGCCGGCGGCGAUGCGGGAGAUGAUCUUCCGCAUCGCGGCGCUGCAGCCGGUGAACAUCGACCCGGACACGGUGCGCCCCCCGAAGCGCCGCAACGUGCACAUCUCGACGGACCCGCAGAGCGUGGCGGCGAGGAUGCGGCGGGAGCGCAUCAGCGAGCGCAUCCGCAUCCUGCAGCGUCUCGUCCCGGGAGGGACCAAGAUGGACACCGCGUCUAUGCUGGACGAGGCCAUCCACUACGUGAAGUUCCUCAAGACGCAGGUGCAGUCCCUAGAGCGCGCGGCGGCAGCCAACGGCCACCGCGCGUCACCCAAUGGCGCAGCCCCCGCCGCGGCCUACCAGGGCCUGAACGGGACGUGGUAAGAUGAGAUUACGUCGGCCACCCGCAUGUGCUACAUGUGCAUGUAAUGACAUUAAUCAACGUUGAGCCUGAAGCAUCGCUCGUACGGCGACGAAUGCGCGCGUUGAUAGCGUAUAUGUACGGUUCUGUGUGUAAAUUAAGAUGUACUAGGAGUGGAGACCUACUAGGUAAUAUGAGUGGGAGUACUGGUACUCGGCAUUUUGUUGUUGUUGUUGUUGCCGGGAGGACAAGCUUGUUACUGAACUCGCAAGCCGGCGGGUCACAGCUCAUGCAAAAACUUAAAAUGUUGCUCGGCCUUGUACUCCCUACGGCUGCAGGCAUGCAUGCAUGCACCUAUCUUAUGAGUAUGUAUUGUAGAGUAGCAUUUUCA